AGACUCGUCCUCGAUUGACAUGGCGGUGGCUGCCCUGGGCCAACCAUUUACCUUAGGAAUGCUGUAUGAUGGUCGGAAAGAUGAACUUAUCCCAGGUUUCACAUUGUGGGAUGAAGCAACUCUUCAGAAGAACACAGUUACAAGCUCUCAGCACAGUAGUGAAUUUGAGAUAACAACAUCUGAUUGUAUUGAAAAGAAGUCCUCUCAGCUGGACGUUGAUGCCUCCCUAAAAGGCAGUUUCCUGUGUGGGCUGAUCAAAGCUGAGGGAUCUGCCAAGUAUCUGAAUGAUAAGAAGAAAUUCAAGAAUCAGAGCAGAGUGACAUGUCAGUACAAAGCUAUCACCAACUUCAAACAGUUGUCAAUGACUCACCUCGCAACCAUGAGCCCCCAACAGAUGGAUGUUCUUGAGAAGGGCUUUGCAACACAUGUAGUCACCGGCAUCCUUUACGGUGCAAACGCUUUCUUUGUGUUUCACAGUGAAAAGUUAGAUGCCAGCAACGUUAAGGACGUCCAGUGCAGCAUGGAAGCUGUAAUAAAGAAGAUCCCCUCAUGUAAUGUUGAUGGGAAAGUAGAGAUGAAGCUGAGUGAUGAGGAAAAAGACCUGACCAAGAAAUUCUCCUGCAAAUUCUAUGGAGACUUCAUUCUUGAAAGCAACCCUACAACAUUUGAAGAUGCAGUGAAGACCUAUGUACAACUUCCAAAGCUGCUGGGAGAAAAUGGAGAGAACAGUGUUCCAGUGAAGGUCUGGCUGAUGCCACUGAAGAAUCUGUAUCUAAAAGCUGUUGAGCUGACGAGUGGGGUCAGUGUUAGACUGGUGAGAAAGGCUCAAAAAGCUCUGCAGAACCUGCAUGAUCUGGAAAUAGGAUGCAACGACUUUCUGGAGGACAAAGUAGUGAAAGAUUUUCCAAAGAUUCAUGAAAAGCUGAGCAGUUUCCAGAAACUCUGUGUCCGUUUAAGAUCUGCACUCGAACAGACCAUGGCAAAGAAAAUUCCAUUGAUCAGGACAGGAGAGGAAGAUGAAAGCAAAUUAGAAAAGGUCUUCAGUGACGGAAACAAGACACUGUUCAGUCAUGAGAAAUUAACCAAGUGGACGGAUGAUAAAGAGAGAGAAUUCAAUGUCAUCAGGUCCUGUGUAGAGAUGAUGGAGGGAACAAAGAUCGUCCCAGAUCAGUCAGAGCUGGACAGACAGGUUCUUGCUCCAAGUGUAGAGGAUGUUUUGUGCUUUGUUUUCACCUCCCUGGAAACUACUGACCCCUACCUUCAGAAACUUGCUCACUACGUGGAUCUAUUUAAGUUAGAUGGAACCUUGGGUGCCACGCCACCUGCAAAAGACCAGUGGUACUUCUCAGAAGAAGUGAUAACCACAAUGAGAAAAAAAGCCAAAGCUUUCCAUGAUCUUGCAAAAGCACUGAAGAACAGCAGCAGAUUCUGUUUCCUUGUAGCGGCCAUUGCAAAUGAGAAGUACAAAGGGGCAACCAUCUACCACUACAAGAACAGCAUUCUGGUCACUGAAGACUUCUCAAAGCCUGAUGUCACUGAUGUGGAAAAUGUAACAGACAGAAGAGAUUUACUCUGGUAUGCCUGUGAUCUCACCCUGGACCCAAACACAGCAAACAACCACCUCGUUCUGUCUGAGGGAAACAAGAGGGCGACACAUGGACCACCGCAGUCGUACCCUGACCUCCCACAGAGAUUCAAAAAGCUUUCUCAGGUUCUGUGCAGGGAGGGGCUUACUGGGCGCAGUUACUGGGAGGUGGAGUGGAGUGCUGGCAACAAUGAAGAUGUUGCUGUGGGUGUUUGCUACAAAGGACUGUUCAGGAAAGGAAAAGGCGACUGGUGCAGGCUUGGAUGGAACGUCAUGUCCUGGUGUUUCGGCCAUCGAUGGUCCCCGCUAUCUCCAAAGGCUACUCUCUAUGCAGAGCAUGCUAACGAGCGGCACUCUUUCCCUUUUCCGGCUACUGGCUGCACUCGACUGGGAGUUUAUCUGGACUGGCCUGCUGGCACUCUGUCCUACUAUAAGGUCUCAUCUGACACACUCAGUCACAUUUACACCUUCUCCAGCGAGUUCUCUGAGCCUGUUUACCCAGCCUUCUUGAUCUUUCAUGAUACCAACUACAUGUUCCUGUCUCUGUAAACUUGGCACCACACCAUAUCAGUUUGUGACAGAUCCAAAGUCCCGCCUCCCUUAAUUACGGCUAAGUCUGACAAGCUUGACAUAAGGAAACAUGGCCAUGCCGGUUCCAUUUAGCCAGGUGCUGCUUCAAGAAGCCAUUAGUCAGGACUACAGUGUGCAAUGGAAGGAUAUCUUUGUGAUGCUCCUCUGUCCCAAGGCGUCCCCCAGAGGUCGGUGCUCGGUCCUCUCCUAUUCGUCCUCUACAUGCUCCCCCUUGGUAACAUCAUUCACAGCCAUGGUCUCAACAUCCACUGAUGAAGUCCGACUCUACAUCUACCUAAAUCCAUCACCACUAAAACUCACUCCACUCUGACCACCUGCCUCUUUGAAAUCAAAUCCUGGAUGCAGGCCAACUUUCUUUAACUGAACUUUGAAAAAUUUAUCAUGAUCAUCAUCGUUCCCAAAUCCCUUAUGAAAACCACUCACAACUUAUGUCUCAGCUUCAUAACUUCAUAACUCUACUCUGCAUUCCUCCUCACACAUCUUCAACCUCGGAGUUAUUUUCAACAGCAACCUCUCCUUCAAAAAAACACGUCAGUCAAAUCACCAGUACUGCCUACUGCCACCGAAAAACAUAGCUCGUCUCCGCCCAUCACCCUCCCCCUCUGCUGCCGAAACUCUCGUCCAUGCCUUUGUCACAUCCAGAAUUGACGACUGUACCCGUGGCCGGCCCGAUAAAAAUCAAUAGCUUCGAUUAAAAACUACAUAUAAACAUGAAAAAUGUUUAAAAAAUUAAAGCAGAGACGACGCCACCUAGGGUUAAAGGAGCCCAAGGACUUCAUACAAGGCUACAUGGGCUCCUAUAAAAUCAGGGGUGAGCAGAGUUAAAAAACAGAACUGAGGCUGGGCUUAAAACCAGUUCACUAAAAUUCCCCCUUCCCCAGAGUCAAUAACUGCCCUUUGUCAAAUGAAACUGGCAUCCUCCAGUGCCAGUGGCUGCGCCGUCCUCAGCAACCUGUUCUUCCUUACACGCCUCCAGCUGUGGCUGCCCUGUUGUGGUCGUGCCCCUCUCUGCCCGGCCCCACGGCCAGCCCUCUCAGUAUCUGCCGCGAAACAGAUAUCAGUACUCAUAAUACAUCUUCCAAACUCCUAAAUAAACUCCAAUACAUCCAGAACUCUGCUGCCCAUCUGCUCACCUAUUCCUGCUCCUGCGAUCACACCACCCCUGUCUCCCUGUCCCACAAUGCAUUGAAUUCACAGUCUUCACUCGUAAAGUCCUCCAUAACCACGCCCCCUCCUACCUCACCGAGCUGCUCCAACGCCACACUCCUUCCCACAGUCUCAAGGAACCUUAGCCUUGAUCUUUUCUGACAAACAAUAAUUCAUGUAAUCUUAAAAAUAUGUCAGCGACCAACCUGUCUGUCCCCUCCAAAUCUCGGGAAAAGCUCACUAAAGAAAAAAAAGGGGCCUCACUGUUACUUUAGUUAACAGAAAAUGAAAUACUAAAAAAUAUAUCUCUGAAAAAUGGUGAAGGAGAAAUACUCUCUACAUUUAAACACGAGUAAAACAUUUGAAACUAAACACAAAGUGCAACACCUGAAUGCAGCAUCCGACUCUCUGUGGUGCAUUCAGGUCCAGUGCAGGUUGCUCAUGCUGAUCUGUGUGUGUGUGUGUGUGUGUGUGUGUGUGUGUGUGUGUGUGUGUGUGUGUGUGUGUGUGUGUGUGUGUGUGUGUGUGUGUGUGUGUGAAUAUCUGCUCACACACUGCAAACAUGCGCAGAACACAGCGCUCUCUGCCGCACGACAGGAGUGCCGUCUGCAGAGCCCACAGGCCGGGGUGCGCUCGAUUUCUCCUUCAUAUCACACAGUGGGGCGGGGCUUCCCUUUCAAAGCAAAUUGGGAUUCUUUAACUCUCAAAAACAGCAAAAGAAAGUUCACCAGAAUGAUAUCUACACUUAAUUAGGCUGAUACCAUAGAUCUAAUGUCAAUUUCUUCAUGCAAUUUUCUGAGUUUUAAUAACAUAAAUAUACGUUUAUCAGCCCAAUAUGAAGUCAUAUUUUAUCUACACAUAGAUUAUUAUCCCUUUUUGUUAACAUCUGCUUUAUUCCCUCAUUGUCUAGGGUCCCACAGAUAUUAAUGAUAAUUUCUUGAUCAAAUAUACACAAGAAAAGGAAGUAUUUUUGUUUAAUAUGUUGUAUGGACUUUUGACUUUUUGCAGCUCUGAGACCAAAAAUAUAAGUGAUGUGACAUUUUCAGUGAUGACAUCAUCAGCUCCAAAUCAUGUUUAUAAGUAUUUCUUAAUCAAUUAAGUAUCAAUCAGUAAUUUCAGGCCUGUUUUUGAGCUGAUAAAGAGGACAUGAGGAUUAACCAAGCCUCAUAUUUUUAAAAAUGGA